CGUCCUUCUGUUUGCCAGUGAUGAUCGUCCGCUUUGGAGGUGGCGCCUGCUUCUUCUAGCAGCUUCAUUGAGGCUUGAUCGAUGGGGGACUUGGAGCUUGAGCACUCGAACGAAAAGUCUAGCUUCAAGCUGGCUACACCCCUUCCCAGAUGGGAGCUUUUCAUGAUCUGGAUUAUUCAUGCAAGUCAGGCUUUCCAGACGACCAUGUUGUUCCCGAUGCUGGUUUUCAUGGUCGAGCACUAUCACGUCGGUAGUCGCUCCUCUCACACAGCCGGGCAAUAUGCUGGGAUCCUGGCCUCUCUUUUCCCACUGGCACAGUUUUGCACCUCCAUAUUGUGGGGUACCGUGUCGGAUUCUACAGGGAGAAAGCCAUGGCUUGCGUUUGGAAACAUUGUCUCUGCAGUUUCCGCACUGUUGCUGGGUUUAUGCCAGCGAUACACGUCUGCCUGUAUUGUAAGAUUUGUUGGCGGUCUCCUCAACGGUACAAUGACCAUUACAAAAUCGGUUCUUGGAGAAAUCUGUGAUGGGUCGAACAAAGCCAAGGGGUUUGGCAUAUUGAACUUGGCAUGGGGAAUUGGCUCGGUCGCUGGCCCAGUUUUAUCCGGGCUCCUAGCUCAGCCUUGCUCACAAUAUGGAAUCCGGAGCUGUCCUCGUAUCCUUACAAGCUACCCCUUCCUUCUCCCUUGUGUUGCUGCGGCUAUCUUCUCGACAGCUGCGGUUUUUGCCUCCCUGAGUUUGCGAGAGACGAGGCCCAACCGAGUACCUUACGUCCAGGUGAACGGUUCAAAGCCCAAGGAAGACUGCCACCAGUGUGUUCUCGAAAUGGGCACGGAUCCGAGCAUCAAGGUGACUGAAUCCGGCGACGAAGAGGAGAGCACAAAGUUCGUCGUGAUCCCGGACGGAACCAGCGACGACAAAAACAGAACUGUGCCACUGCUAAGAGACCGGAACGUGCUCUUGACGUCCUUCUGCUACUCGCUAACAGGGCUGAUAUUCAUCACAACAGAUGAGCUCUUCCCGAUCUUUGGAGCCGCCUCGGAGCGAGUGGGAGGACUGGGACUGAGCUCCUCCUCCCUGGGACUGAUCCUCGGGGAGGGAGGAGUCGUCCUCUUCCUCUACACUCUCCUCCUCUAUCCGCUCGUCUCCCAGAAGCUCGGGCCUCUCAACUGCUUCCUGCUGGGACUGAUCACCUCGGUCCCUCUCUGGCUCGUCUUCCCGGCGGCAUCGCUCCUCUCCCACGCCCGGCCAGCGCAGUGGACGCUCCUCACCGUCGCAAUGGCCGCUCGCAGCGCCAUCGCGUGCACGACUUUCACCGGAGUCUUGGUCCUUAUCAGCAACUCGGCGAGCUCCGGGAACAUGGGAGCAGUGAUGGGGCUGAGCCACAGCCUGUGCAGCUUCUUCCGCGCCGUCGGCCCGGCCUUUGGCGGCACAAUCUGGUCGUAUGCUGUGAGGCAGACGUUCCCACUCCACCAGUUCCUGGCGUGGCUGGCCAUCUCCAUCAUCGCGCUGUUUACGUUCUCCAUCGCGAUGCUGCUGCCACCGUCUCUCAAUCUCCCGGCUCUUUGACGAUCGAUCAAAGCGACAUAUUACGUAGUAUCAAGGAAGAGUGAGAAUUUUCUUUGAUUAACAGACGAGCUCAUAGACAAAAUCACUGUCAUAGCCAGCCAUCUUGAUCCAUUCGUCCGUGUCCAAGUUGUAUGCCACUGGAAGAAAAGCCGCUUUGUCAUGUC